AAAUAUUUCAAGCAGAAAAUCAAAAUUUAAAUAGAGAUUUAACUAUUUCAACUUCAAUUUUAAAUUUUGAAAAUAAAUUAGAUUUACUUUUAAAAAUUCUUUUUAAAGAGCAAAGAAGAUUAAAUAAUUCAAUAGAAUUAGAUCCAAAAAAAUUUUCAGAAUUAAUUACAAAGUCUAAUUUUUUACUUGAAGGAUUUUUUAAUGAAAUUUUUAAUGUUAUAAGUCCAAAAAGUAGAGAUUAUCAAACUAGAGAAAAUGAUAAAAAAAUAGCAUUUAGAUUUUGUUAUCUUCUUGCUAGAGCUCAUACAUUAGCAAAUCUUGGAAUUUCAGCAUGUUAUAAAACAAUUGAUAAUUAUAAAAAAAAAAUAGCAAAAGAAUAUCCAACAAAAAUUUCUAAUUAUUUUAUAUUUUAUCAAAAUAUUAUACAUGUUUUUAAUAUUGAUGAUUAUCAUUCAAUUCAUUCUUAUAAAAGAUCAGAUACUACAUUUUUAUCAAAUGUAUAUCAUAUGGCUACUUGUGUUGCAAAAAGAAUUAAUAAUUGUGCACCAAUUCCAGCAAUAUUUAAUAAUAUUUCAUUUUUUAAUCCUCUUAAUAUUGAUGCAA